UCAGGAACUCAUCCAUGCCCCUCAUCAGCCCAGUCUUGACCUUCCAGAUUUCGAAAAGUGAGGCACAAGCACUUUAUUUCUGAGCCACAUCAACCCACACAGCUGGUGUCUUCAGCACCUCAGUGGACUCAUGGGUACCGUACUGUCCCUCUCCCCGGGUCCUCGGAAACCCGGUUAUUAUGACGACCGGCCUGGUUCUCUAAGCCAUUACCCGAGCCUGAGCAGCCGCUCGCUGAACACUCAAAAAGACCCUAACCACAAACGCGGGCACUCCAUCUUCCUCCCCGCUCUCACCUGGAAACGCCUGGUGGCCUCCACCAAGAAGCGGGGCGAGUCCAAAAAAGCCUAUCCUGGAGGUCAAGGGGCUGUCGGGGCUCCUCUCAACAACAAUAACAUCUACCAGAAGGAUCCGGUCUUGCACCUCAACUGCGAAAAUGUGAAGAAGUCUCUCUCCUGCGCCAACCUCACUAGCUACGAUGGUCCAGCGGGUUUGGGCCUGGGCGUAGGGCUGGGUGUGGGAUACAACAAACCGCAGCAGAUUUCCUCCGUAAAGAAGAUCGCGCCCACAUGCACCUCCUCGCCUAAGCGCGUGAUCGUCCAGGCCUCGACCAGCGAGCUGCUCCGCUGCCUGGGCGAGUUUCUGUGUGGCCGCUGCUAUCGGCUCAAGCACCUUUCCCCCGCCGAUCCGGUCUUGUGGCUCCGCGCUGUGGACCGCUCACUCUUGCUCCAGGGCUGGCAGGACCAGGCCUUUGUGACACCAGCCAACGUGGUGUUUGUGUACAUGCUGUGCCGCGAUGUGGUGGAUGGCGACGUGGUGUCUUCAGAGCAUGAGCUCCAAGCAAUUCUCCUUACCUGCCUGUACCUGUCGUACUCCUACAUGGGGAACGAGAUCUCGUACCCGCUCAAGCCCUUCCUGGUGGAAGCGGCUAAAGAGGCAUUCUGGGACCGUUGUCUGGCCAUUAUCGACAUCACCAGUACCAAGAUGCUGCGCAUCAACGCAGACCCGCAUUUCUUCACGCAGGUCUUCGCCGACCUGAAGAGCGAAGGAGGCUGCGCUUUGCAGGACUACGCUAGAGUUCUGGAUCGGUGAAAAGAGGACGAGGCGGAUUGUCUCUGUAAAUGUGACACCGUCAACAUCUAGCACCUUCAUUCCAUCAUUCUGGCCCUCCAUAUGCCUUGUCACUUGACAUUAUGAGUCUUGUUUCUACUGACCAUUCUUCAAGAAACAGAAGAAACAUAUUCCUGCUGAAACGACCAGCUUAGACCUGUGAGAACAUCCAGGUGUAUGUUGGUUUGGUGCUGGUCUAACUGUUGAACUACACAGUCUUUUUGGAGGUUAUGUUAGUUAAGAAUCAUGCUGAUAAGAAUCUGCGAUGGUCUUUUCAGCAGGAGAAGAAAGUAUAGUGAGCUUUUGGAUACAGAAACAUAAAACACGCUCUUAAAAAUGUUCUUUACUGGCAUUAAUGGUUCCAUGAAUAACCUUUAACAUCCAUGGAAUCUUUCCA